AUGCUGAGGCAUGCGGACGUUCCAACCGGGCUGGUUGGCGUGAAGCACAUUCACUUGGGGGGCAACUUGCUGACAGAGCGUGGCUUGAAGGCGUUGGUCUCAGUGGAGGGCCCAGUGCAGACCUUGAAGACCUUGACACUCACAUCAAACCAAUUGGGAUUGGAGGGCAAAACACUUUGCGAGAGCCUUUGGACGUUGGAAAACCUCACAGAGUUGGAUUUGAGCUGCAACAGCCUCGGUGACAGCCUCACAGCUGACCUUUGUAAGGCGCUCUCACAAGGUUGUCCUGCACUGCAAGGUCUUGGCCUUGCAAGGUGUCGCCUUGGCUCUCAGUCUACUACAGCUGCGGCAGGGUCUGCUCUGGGGCACUUUGUUGCGCAGUCAUCCAAUUUGAAGGUUCUGGACCUGGCUUGGAAUGCGCUUCAUGGUGAAGCAGCGGAGGCUCUUCUGGAAGGCGUUUACGAAAACAACAAGGCCGCGGACGCCCGGCAUAGUGGUGGCUUGCGGCGGCUUAGCCUUGCUUGGAACCGCCUUGGCAGCGCAUCCAAUUCGGGCCAAGCCACACGCUCUGCGAAGUUGCUGUCCAGCAUUUUCGAAGACUGCACGACAUUGUUCCACUUGGACUUAUCCUACAAUGGUUUUGGUGCGGAGGACUGCGCUCUCAUGGCUGCAGGGUUGGCGGCCAACCACACCCUUUUUGGUUUGCACUUGGUGGGGAACGAAGCCAUGGUGGAUGACUUGGGCUUCAUCGUCCCUUUUAAAGGCGGCAAAGUUCCGCCGGAGACGCUCGGUGAUACCACCUCCUCAUCUGUGCAUCGAUACCUCGAUUUGUCCGGCGUCCUGCAUUCAGUGCCCCAGAAGCUGCAGCUUUCUCAUCCGUCAGAGAUUUCGUCCUCGGCAGCUGAGGCUCGCCGGCCGGCCACGGGCAUGAGGCUGAAUCCCAGUUUGCUGAUUGGAGACGAACAUCCAUCUGGUGCCCUGGCCUCGUGCAUUUCGGGCUCCUCCAUGCCUUCGGCUUCCAAGGAUAUGCUGGAGGUUGAGGACAGCUGGGCCAUGGAGAACUGCCGUGUCAAGGCGAUUGGACGCUCCUUGGAAGAGGAAGCAGAAGCUCAGCAGUUUAGUGCAAAGUGCUGCUGGAUUUGUGAGAAUUGGUGUGAGUAUCGACUGACCUUUGCUCAGAAGACCGGCAAGAUCGAGGCCAAUAGCGUCCACGCGCUCACAUCCCUGGAUGGCUUCUCUCAGCCAAUACAGCUCAAGCAGCUUGGCAAUCAGUGGGCGGCCUCCAAGAUGCUUCCACCCAGCUUGGCGGCGGUGGAGGUGAUUUUCAUCGUGGAUGGGCAGCCGAGAAUCUCCACGUCACAUCCUGUUCGCAACUUGCUGGCCAAGAAGUCGCUCAUGCUCGAUCCCGACAUCUUCGGUUCGAGUGAGUCUGUCCAGGGCCACAAGUGGUGGAGGCGGAAUCUGUGA